GUUAAACUAUCGAUAGCGCCGCAGUCGAUUGGCAGCGGCUGAGGAAGUGACAGCUCUAAUCACAAGACAGCCUAAAAAAUAAAAUAAAGGAAUAUUUAUUUACUUUAUUGACCUGCUGGUGUCCAACUAAACUCAAAGGCCAUGUCGUGGGUCUCUGACUACAAGUACACAUGGACGGAGCGGCUAGCGAUGCGGGGGCUACGCGCCUGUGGCUAUAUUCCGCACCACGUCGCCUUCGUGAUGGAUGGCAAUCGGCGGUUCGCCCGCUCCCAGCAGAUUGAUAAGAUUGAGGGUCAUUCGCGGGGAUUUGAGAAGCUUGCGGACUGCCUGCGCUGGUGUCUGGACGUGGGCGUCCGCGAGGUGACCACCUUUGCCUUCAGCAUCGAGAACUUUAAGCGUUCCAACGAGGAGGUGGAGGGACUAUUCAAUUUGGCCAGGGAGAAGUUUGCCCGCCUACUGGAGGAGACUGCUCGACUGGACGAGCAUGGCAUCCGCAUUCGGGUGAUUGGAAACAUUGAGCUACUGCCACUCGACUUGCAGAAACUGGUAGCUUCGGCUAUGCUGAGCACAGAGCGCAAUGACAAACUCUUCCUGAACGUGGCCUUUGCGUACACUUCGCGGGACGAGAUUACGCAGGCGGUGGAAACGAUACUGCGACACGGCAGCCAGGAUUUGGCUGGCGAAGACAUCAGUGAACGGCUGCUGGAGGAAUGCCUCUACACGCGGCACUCACCGCCACCGGAUCUGGUGUUCCGCACCUCCGGCGAGACCAGGCUAAGCGACUUCAUGAUGUGGCAGUUAAGCACAUCCGUGUUGUACUUCAGCAACGUCCUGUGGCCGCAGAUCACUUUCUGGCACUUCCUAGCCAGCAUUCUGGCCUACCAGCGUGACCGCUGGCAGCUAGAGGACUUUCGGCGAGCGGAGAGGAUGCAGAGUUGCCAGCUGGCCAAGGCAACAGACUUCUACAGCGAGCGGGUUCAGAAAUUCCUGGCCACCAUCGACGAGGACCGGCGGAAGCUGCUUGUGCGACUGGCCGCCAACUAAUGUCCUGAAGUCCCUUUAAUUUCAGCAUGACGUUGAUGUUUGUGAUAUCAGUCGGGAUUAAAAUCGUGUAAAUAGCAUAUAUGUAACAAGAUUAACCGCCUUUCAAUAUAUGUCCCGUUGGAGAUUUCAUCACCUUAA